CAGGGGCGAUGUGUUCAGCAUGGAUGGGAAUGAGCUGCUGGGUUGGAAGCCACACCGACACUGCCAGAGUGUCAUCCACCAGUGCCCAGAAGUGUCACCCAUCAGUGCCCAGCAAUGUCGCCUGUCAAUGCUGCCCAGCAGUGCCACCUGUCAGUGCUGCCCAGCAGUGCCACCUGUCAGUGCCCAGCAGUGUCGCCCAUCAGUGCUGCCCAUCAGUGCCACCCAUCAAUGACGCCCAGCAGUGCUGCCGAUCAGUGCCGUCUGUCAGUGCCUCCAGUUGGUGCUAUCAGUCAGUGCCGCUUAUCAGUGCCCAUCAUUGCUGCAUAUCAGUGCAUCAUCAGUGCCUCCUCAUCGAUGCCCACCAGUGCCGCCUCAUCAGUGCUACCUAUCUGUGCCACCUCAUC